UUGAGCUCAACUGAAAAUUGUUCUUUAACCAUCUUGUAAUAGGAUUUUAUUUAGAUUUUAAUAAUUAAAUUGUAAUGUUUGAAAGGAACAGUAAUACAGAUUUUGCUAAAAGUAAGCUAAAAUAUGCAUACAAAAGAAAAAAAUAUGAUGAAUAUCAUCUAAGACCUCUACCGAAAAUUCCUUUAUGGCCAGCCAUAAGAGACUUUCAAUGGUAUGAACUAUACAAAAUUAUAGUGCCACUGGAUUAUACCGAGCCAUUGUCUUUUUUACAAAGGCUCACAGAAGACUUUGAAUAUGCUCAUUUGUUAAACAAAGCCGCUCAAAUAGCUGACUCCCUCGAGCAGUGUGCUUAUGUCGCUGCGUUUGCCAUAUCAGCAUACUCAUCGACAGCAGAAAGAUUGGCGAAACCAUUCAACCCUAUUCUAGGGGAAACUUUUGAAUUUGACAACUUGGAAAAAGGCGGGUGGCGUUCCCUUGCAGAACAAGUGAGCAAUCGUCCUCCGACAACAGCCUUUUUUGUCGAAGGACGGAAAUGGAAAUUAUCACAGUUGUUCUCAAUGCAUUCAACAUUUCCUGGAAACAAAAUGGAAUUUUCUCCUAUUACGUCAAUCCACUUAGAAUUUGAAUCAGGUAAUAAAUAUCGCUGGGGUAAAGUAAAAACUGUAUUACAUGAUAUCAUACAUGGCAAUCCAUUUAUUGAUAAUGAGGGAUUUAUGGAAAUAAUUAAUGAAACCACAGAUGAAAUUUGCAACCUGAGCUUUUUCCCGUAUGAUGUUCUCAAUAAAAAUUAUCAGAGGAAGGUAUUGGGUUGUAUUCUAGAUAAGUCAGGAGAAACUCGAUGGACAUUAGAUGGAAAAUGGGACAAAGGUGUUAGAAUUGCACGUGUUCAAACUGUAAUAGAUGAUGAUGGAAUAGUGUCAUAUCAAAGAGGCUUAUUUAAAACAAUUUGGAAAUGUGAUCCUCUCCCAGAUGAAGAUCCAGGAAUGUAUCACAUGCCCAAUUUUGCAAGGCAAUUGAACAUGUAUGAAGAAAAGGUUGCGCCAACGGAUUCCAGAAGACGUAUAGAUAUAAGGGCAUUUGAGCUGGGUGACCUACAGCAAGCUGCUUUUUUUCAAAUGAAAAUUGAAGGCCUUAGAAGAAAACAACUUCGAACUCACGGUCCCAAAGAUUCAGAAUGCACUCCUGAAGGUCUACCAUUCUUUCCCACUUGGUUUAUAAAACUGGAAAAGGAAGAUACAAAAGAAACUCUAUAUAAAUAUAACAAUGAGUAUUGGGAAUCAAAGGCUCGUGGAAGUUGGUUUAUAUGCCCUAAUAUUUAUCCUCCUGAUCUAAAAGAACAAUAAAAAUAGUUCAGGAA